AUGAGUGAAGCAAGUCGACCAAUCAAGAGUGAUGCUCUACAGCACGAUACCAUUUUGCGAUGUCCAACGAUUGGUUGCAGCGGCAAGGGCCACGUGAACAGCAACCGUAGUUCGCACCGUAGUGUCUCUGGUUGCCCGAUGGCCGCUCUGGAGAAGCAGCAGCGGAAGCAAAUGGGUGUUAACGGUGACACCAGUGCGUUGCUUGCCAUGAUCAGCCGAGGUGUUCCCGCUCAGUCAUCGGCAGCACUUCGUGCUUACCCGGACACCGUUACCACAAGUAACGGUCCAUCGUUGUUGGACCAGACCUAUUCCACGUUGAACCUGAGUAUGCACGGCACCUUCGAGCAGCAGAAAAAUUACGCACACAGUUUUAGCGGCUAUAGCGCACCGAAUCCGGCCCAUGUACGAAGCACACCACCGGCCCAUAACACAUAUGGCAGUCUAGCGCUGGACUUGUCCAUCAAAAAGGUCUCAUCGACGCCCACGCCGACGCCCACGCCGCCGCCCCAACCGCAGCCGCAGCGGACCGUUGUCCAGCCGGCCACUGCCCAGCCAAACCUACCACCGGUGUCGUCUCCGACGGUCAGCGAAUUCAACGACGAAGGGACGAAUAGCGGCCGGAAGGACACGCCCCUCGAUGACAACAGCCGCACGUUCCCCGUCCCCGUUUCCUUAUUGAAAAACAUAUCCGACUUCCGACCGAACAUUGUACAGCCUUUCCUUAGCUGUCUGCUGAAUUCACAGUCUCCCAAUUCUUUAUCAGGUGAUCCAAAGUGUCCCACGCCUGGUUGUGACGGUUCCGGACAUAUUACAGGAAAUUAUUCUUCUCAUCGUAGCCUUUCCGGAUGCCCUCGUGCCGGCCGACCAAAGAGGCCGAAAGGCGAAACCGAACUGCUCAGAUCAGAAUGCAUUUACGGCGCUCAGUGCAUUAGAAAGGCUAUUCCAAAGGUUGGCAAGGUUAACACGAUAAUCUUGCUUCUCAGCAUCAAUCACGAAAAUCACAACUGCAAACUGAAUAUUUUUAAUCGAGGGCGUCGUGCUAUUCAAGAAAUCAGCGCAUCUACUUCACCGUCGGCUGGAUUGGACAACGAUAGCGACAAAGCCAACGAAGCGCUGUCGAAGCAGCACCAGCUGAAUCGUUUCCUCCUAGAGCAAACUUACUUGUCUAAUGCGAAACCAGUAGAGGAGACGAUUCGUAAGUAUUUUUAAGU